GGCGUCGGCCUGCAGCCAGCCCGCCGCCAGCCCGCCCUCCCCCGGCCGGCUCCUCGGCGCCGCCUGGGGUCCUUUCCGCCCGGUACCGCCAGCCAGCCCCGUGCCCGUUCGGCCAGGCCUGGAGCCGAGCCCUCCGCCAUCAUGCCGGCCGUAUCCAAGGGCGAUGGCAUGCGCGGGCUUGCCGUGUUCAUCUCCGACAUCCGGAACUGCAAGAGCAAAGAGGCUGAGAUCAAGAGGAUCAACAAGGAACUGGCCAACAUCCGCUCCAAGUUCAAAGGGGACAAGGCCUUGGAUGGCUACAGUAAGAAGAAGUAUGUGUGUAAGCUGCUUUUCAUCUUCCUGCUUGGCCAUGACAUUGACUUUGGACACAUGGAGGCUGUGAACCUUCUGAGCUCCAACAAGUACACAGAGAAGCAGAUAGGGUACCUGUUCAUCUCAGUCCUGGUGAACUCGAACUCAGAGCUGAUCCGGCUCAUCAACAACGCCAUCAAGAAUGACCUGGCCAGCCGCAACCCCACUUUCAUGUGCCUGGCCUUGCACUGUAUCGCCAACGUGGGCAGCCGUGAGAUGGGCGAGGCCUUUGCCGCCGACAUUCCCCGAAUCCUGGUGGCUGGAGACAGCAUGGACAGUGUGAAGCAAAGUGCAGCCCUGUGCCUGCUUCGACUCUACAAGGCUUCACCUGACCUGGUGCCCAUGGGCGAGUGGACGGCACGUGUAGUUCACUUGCUCAAUGACCAACACAUGGGAGUGGUCACAGCGGCUGUCAGCCUUAUCACCUGCCUCUGUAAGAAGAAUCCAGAUGACUUCAAGACCUGUAUCUCACUGGCUGUGUCUCGCCUGAGCCGGAUCGUCUCCUCUGCCUCCACCGACCUCCAGGACUACACCUAUUACUUCGUUCCUGCCCCCUGGCUCUCCGUGAAGCUGCUGCGGCUGCUGCAGAGCUACCCACCACCAGAGGACGCGGCUGUGAGAGGGCGGCUAGUGGAGUGUCUCGAGACCGUGCUCAACAAAGCCCAGGAGCCCCCCAAGUCCAAGAAGGUGCAGCACUCCAACGCCAAGAACGCCAUCCUCUUUGAGACCAUUAGCCUCAUCAUCCACUAUGACAGUGAACCCAACCUCCUGGUCCGCGCUUGUAACCAGCUGGGCCAGUUCCUGCAGCACCGGGAGACGAACCUGCGCUACCUGGCUCUGGAGAGCAUGUGCACGCUGGCCAGCUCCGAGUUCUCCCAUGAGGCUGUCAAGACGCACAUCGAGACCGUCAUCAACGCCCUCAAGACGGAGCGGGAUGUCAGUGUGAGGCAGAGGGCAGCCGACCUCCUGUAUGCCAUGUGUGACCGGAGCAAUGCCAAGCAAAUUGUAUCAGAGAUGCUGCGGUACCUAGAGACUGCAGACUACGCCAUCCGAGAGGAGAUCGUGUUGAAGGUGGCCAUCCUGGCUGAGAAGUAUGCAGUAGACUAUAGCUGGUAUGUGGACACCAUCCUCAACCUCAUCCGCAUCGCAGGCGACUAUGUGAGCGAGGAGGUGUGGUACCGAGUGUUGCAGAUUGUCACCAACCGUGACGAUGUCCAGGGUUAUGCUGCCAAGACAGUGUUUGAGGCCCUCCAGGCCCCAGCCUGUCAUGAGAACAUGGUGAAGGUCGGUGGCUACAUCCUUGGGGAGUUUGGGAACUUGAUUGCUGGGGACCCACGCUCCAGCCCGCCUGUCCAGUUCUCGCUGCUGCACUCCAAGUUCCACCUGUGCAGCGUGGCCACUCGCGCCCUGCUCUUGUCCACCUACAUCAAGUUCAUCAACCUCUUCCCCGAGACCAAGGCCACCAUCCAGGGCGUUCUGCGUGCCGGGUCCCAGCUGCGCAAUGCCGAUGUGGAGCUCCAGCAGCGGGCAGUGGAGUACCUCACCCUCAGCUCUGUAGCCAGCACUGAUGUUCUGGCCACCGUGCUAGAAGAAAUGCCUCCAUUUCCCGAGCGCGAGUCAUCUAUCCUGGCCAAGCUGAAGCGCAAGAAGGGCCCUGGGGCAGCCAGUGCCCUGGAUGACAGCCGUAGGGAUACCAGCAACAAUGACAUCAAUGGGGGUGUGGAGCCCACCCCCAGCACCGUGUCGACGCCCUCCCCCUCCGCGGACCUCCUGGGGCUGCGGGCAGCCCCUCCCCCUGCCGCACCUCCAGUUCCUGUCGGCGGCGGGAACCUCCUGGUGGAUGUCUUCUCUGACGGCCCCAAUGCACAGCCCAGCCUGGGGCCCACCCCUGAGGAGGCCUUCCUCAGCGAGCUGGAGCCCCCUGCCCCUGAGAGCCCCAUGGCUUUGUUGGCUGACCCAGCUCCAGCUGCUGACCCAGGCCCCGAGGACAUAGGCCCUCCCAUCCCAGAAGCAGAUGAACUGCUGAAUAAGUUCGUGUGUAAGAACAGUGGGGUCUUGUUUGAGAACCAGCUGCUGCAGAUUGGAGUCAAGUCCGAGUUCCGGCAGAACCUGGGCCGAAUGUAUCUCUUCUAUGGCAACAAGACUUCGGUGCAGUUCCAGAGCUUCUCGCCCACCGUGGUCCACCCUGGAGACCUCCAGACUCAGCUGGCCGUGCAGACGAAGCGUGUAGCUGCACAGGUGGACGGUGGUGCGCAGGUGCAGCAGGUGCUCAACAUCGAGUGUCUGCGAGACUUCCUGACACCACCGCUGCUGUCCGUGCGCUUCCGGUACGGUGGCACCGCCCAGUCCCUCACCCUGAAGCUCCCGGUGACCAUCAACAAGUUCUUCCAGCCCACAGAGAUGGCCGCCCAGGACUUUUUCCAGCGCUGGAAGCAGCUGAGCCUCCCCCUGCAGGAGGCACAGAAAAUCUUCAAAGCCAACCACCCCAUGGAUGCUGAAGUUACUAAGGCCAAGCUUCUGGGGUUUGGCUCUGCUCUUCUGGACAACGUGGACCCCAACCCUGAGAACUUUGUGGGUGCUGGAAUCAUCCAGACGAAAGCCCUGCAGGUGGGGUGUCUGCUUCGGCUGGAGCCCAAUGCCCAGGCCCAGAUGUACCGCCUGACCCUGCGCACCAGCAAAGAGCCUGUCUCUCGCCACCUGUGUGAGCUGCUGGCCCAGCAGUUCUGAGCCCCGGACUUGCCCUGGGACGUGGCCGGUGCCAGGCAGCCCUGGGAUGGAGGCAGCUGUGGAGGAGGGGGCAGCGAGGAGACCCUCCGUGGUGACAGCAAAGACCCAGGGUGGGGGCAUGCCUGGGAGCUUCCUCUGGCCUUUUGUACUUUUAUUUUUGUUCAUCUGCUGCUGUUUACAUUCUGGGGGGGUCAAGGGAAGCACCCUCCCUCCCUUGUCCCCCAGAGCACAGAGGGAGAGGGGCUGGAGAAGUUGGUACCUCCUCCCCUCCCCUCCCCCAUUGUCACCCUCCCUCCCUCUCCCCAUCCGGUCCGUGUAUUAUUGUGAGCGAAUAAACAGAGAAACGCUAAUA